AUAGCCAUACUAGAAAUCUUGCUUGCCCUCUUCCUUUUAUGUUACUAGAAAUUCUUUUAUAUUUGAGAAUUUGUAGUCGGCAAAACCUAUCAUCCUUUCUGACUUAUACUUGGAGCUCAGAAGAGCAAAGCAGCCAUGUCCACUGAGACUCCACAAACCGAAAUCGCAAGAUACCUUGCGCAAUCCCUUCACAAUAGAUCACUUAAAGCCAUCCAGAGAUCGUGGGAGCACCAGGAGCCGGAGGUUUAUAAAGCAAAAGCUGGACUGGGGAAACUAAUUAGAGAUAUUCUUGAAUUUAUCCAGGAUCUGCACAUCUACGACCAACACAAGCAGAUCAGCAACGACUGCCUGGAUGACUGGUUAUGGCGCUUUAAGGAAUUCUUCUACGCGACGGAGGACGUGCUCGACGACCUGGAUUUUAUUGAAUUUCGUAGCGGCAAAUGGCAAGGCGAUGGUGCUUCAGCGUUUGAGGAGAUGCGUUUUAUGAAAGCAAUAGGAAAGUUGCCGGAGGUCAUCAAGACAGCCGCUGGCCUCUUUAGUGAAAAUAAGCAUUUCAAGAACGAGCUGCAAAAAUCAAAACCAGUCUUCAGUAGCUUGGAUCAACAGAUAAUCACCGGUUCGGGACUCAGAACGUUGCCUUACAAGGUUAGGGAGUUGAAAGGACGAGCUAUGGAGAAGGCUAAAAUACUAGAGGCGAUAUUUCACAAAGCAGAAGGAGAAUCAAAGAAGUCGCCUGUAAUGAUCAGCAUCACCGGCCCGGUGGGAAUAGGGAAGACGGAUCUUGCCCGGGCUGUUUAUAACAGUGCACAAGUAGCAGCUGAAUUCGAUGUCAGAGCAUGGAUUUACAUGGGCAACCAUCAUCUUGGCGAGUGGUGGCUUACACUUCAAAGGUCAGUAUCUGCCUCCGUUUAUAAACAGAGCAAAAUUCACAGAACCAGUGGAUCGUCACUGGGUGAUAGCAUUUUGGAAACCAUGAAAACAGAAAUAAAAGGCAGGAAGGUGUUGAUCGUCCUGGACAACCUGACGGAGGGGUUCUGCGAUGACUUAUUAAAGUAUGGGGCAAAAGUGGGUAGCAGAAUAAUAGUGACUUCCCAAUUUAGACAUGUAGGCAACUCAGAUGAUUUGCUAUUCGAUGUUGAAUUGGAUGGAUUGGAAGAGGAAGAGUAUUUGAAAUUGUUCAAGGAAUGCGCACUCGGUGACAGAAAUCGCAACAAAAAUCCAGAGUUGGAAGAUAUAGUCGAAGAAAUAGCUAAAAGGUUUGGAGGAAAUCCCUUAGCUGCUGUGAGGAUAGGACGUCUACUGAAAUCACAAGCAGAUAAAGAUCACUGGAGGAUAAUCUCUCGUAGCAAUUUGGGCGUAAUUGAUCCAACAGAAAGUAACAUUUUAUCAGUGUUGAGACGCAGUUAUGAGCAACUACCAUGGCUUUCAAAGCAAUGUUAUCUUGCUUAUGCUUUGUUUCCCAAGAAUUAUCCGUUUGAAAAAGGUCAGUUGCUUCGCAUAUGGAACGCUACUGGAUUUGGUUCAUGUGACAGUUUUGGUGUUUUUUCAGAAAGAUCAUUUUUUGUGAGUUCAGCCAAAGAGAAUGACAAGCUCGUACUCCAGGCUACCUUGCAUGAGCUUGCAGACUGCAUAUGUGAUGGUGAAUUUUUUAGACUUGAGACUGAAAUCAAGGAGAAAGACGUCAUAGAAAUCCCACAUAAAGCUCAACAUGUGUAUGUUACGGCAGAUAAUUUUGUCAAAGUUUGUAAGGUAUUGCAAAAGCAGACGCACUUACGGAGUCUUGUCAUUGGUGGAACUCUAUCCUCUGAAGAACACAAGACAAAUUUUAUGGAAUUGUUAGAAGAGGUGUUGCGAAAUUGGAAAGGCUUGAGGCUAUUGAUGAUCUCUGUGCUUCCAUCUGGGAAAUUGCCUGGUGCAAUCGGUGGUUUGAGACACCUUCGAUACCUGGAAUUACCUACAGAAACAAUAACGAAGGACUCAGUUCAAGAGCUUCCUGCUUGGUUAUCUGAUAAACAAUUUGUUGGUUUAAGACAACUUCAGAAUCUGAAGGAGCUAAGGCAAGCAAUUCGAAAGCUUCAAACUGGUGAAUCAAGUGACGAAUUUGAAACAAUUGAAGAGCUUUCACCUAGGGAACCUAGAGAUUCGUCUGUUUCUCCACCACUGGAAUUUUCUAAAGAUGACCCACGAGUUCUCGAAGAAAAAAAAACUACGGAAUCUUGGUCUAAAUCUAAACGAGAGAGUGAUGAUACCGAAUAUGUGGAUGUUGAUGAAAAGCGGUGGGUUCUCGGUGGGUUCUCGGGUCGUUUCAAAGAUGAGGAGUUGCAGAAGAAAAUUUUGUAUUAUCAAGAAAUGAUUGGUUCUGUAAUUUUAAAUUUCAAUGUAUUUAUAUAAAUCUCUAAAUUACAACUUAUGAAUGAGAUAAAUAUUAUAUUUAA